GAGAGAGUCAUCUAUGAGCAGUAGAGAGAGAUUAAGAGUCGAUGGUGGUGAGUGUUGUUGGGUGAACGAACUGUAGGGAACAUGAACAUUGAACAUCACCCAGAGCUGAGCUGACGACAUAACAUUCUUUAUAAGACGUCAUUGUUUUUGGUUUCUUUUCCUUCCCAUUCGCGUGCCCUCCUUUUCCGCUCCAUUUGUAGCCGGAGAUGCAAAGAAGACACAGUUGGAUUUUCAACACUUGAAGUCAAGAAAUAUACAUUAUGAAGAGCUUAACACAAUGGGCAGUGGUGUUUGCACCCGGAAAUGAAGGAGAGACAGCGUUGGAAAGCUGAAGAGGAUGCUUUGUUACGUGCUUACGUAAAACAAUAUGGCCCAAGGGAGUGGAGCCUUGUAUCACAGCGCAUGAACACGCCCCUAAACAGGGACGCAAAAUCGUGCUUAGAAAGGUGGAAGAACUACCUCAAACCCGGCAUCAAGAAGGGAUCUCUUACUGAAGAGGAGCAGCAUCUUGUCAUACGUCUUCAAGCCAAACACGGCAACAAGUGGAAGAAAAUUGCAGCUGAAGUCCCUGGCCGCACUGCCAAGAGACUUGGCAAGUGGUGGGAAGUGUUCAAAGAGAAGCAGCAGAGGGAACAAAAGGAUAACAGCACACCAGUUAAUCCAAUUGAGGAGCGCAAGUACGAUCAGAUUCUAGAGACUUUUGCAGAGAAGCUAGUGAAAGACGGUGCAUUUGUCAUGGCUGCUUCGAAUGGAGGGUUUCUUCAGACUGACUCUCCCACCCCUUCAACUUUGCUACCCCCCUGGCUUUCUAAUUCCAAUGGAACCUCGACUAUCAGGCCACCAUCCCCUUCUGUAACCCUGACUCUGUCUCCCUCAACAGUGGCAACUACUCCUCCAAUCCCAUGGCUGCAGCCUGAGAGGGGGCCAGAUAAUGCCCCUCUUGUUCUGGGAAAUUUGCCGCUUCAUGGCUCAGUUCCCACUUGUGGGGAGAACCUAUUGGUAUCUGAGCUGGUAGACUGCUGCAGAGAGUUGGAAGAAGGGCAUCGUGCUUGGGCAGCACAGAAGAAGGAAGCAGCAUGGAGGUUGAGAAGGGUUGAGUUGCAGCUGGAAUCAGAGAAGGCAUGUCGGAGGAGGGAGAAAAUGGAAGAGAUAGAGGCUAAGGUGAAAGCUCUUCGGGAAGAACAGAGGGCUACUUUGGAUAGAAUUGAAGCUGAAUACAGAGAACAAAUUGCUGGACUGAGGAGGGAUGCAGAAGCCAAGGAGCAGAAAUUGGCUGAGCAAUGGGCUGCAAAGCACCUGCGUCUUACUAAGUUUCUUGAGCAGAUGGGGUGCAGGCCCCGGCUACCAGAGCCCAAUGGCCGGUGAGGAAGUUCCGGUAAACAUAUUUGGUGAUUUUGUAUGGCACCGGUCUUUCAGUUGGAAUUGUAUGUUAAUAAUAUCUUUGCUGUUCAGGUGUCCAUUACUGUUUGAAAAUUCUGCUAUACUUUAUAUUUAUAAUUACUGUAAUAACGUUUUACUCGCAGCCUGGAUUGAAUAUAAUGUAGCAUGAGCUGAACUUGCUCUAUCAUGCAUUCUACUUUUAUAACUAUAUUCCA